UACUACCGGUUGCCUGGUAACUGCGUGUCAGUUAGUUGCAGCGUCCCUUGGUUACAGCCCUCAGUUCCCCCCCGCCAUGUGCGAAGUGAAGACUCCCACCGUCACCUUCCUGGACCCGGCAGAGCCCGAGAUCAAGGAGCCGCCGCCACCCCAGAAAACCAGCAAAACCUACAGGGUCAGCGCUGAGCUGCCGGAGAGGUUCGAGCAUCCCGACUGCUUCCAGGGAUACAGUUCUCGACCUACCAACCAGCUCUACAGGACAUCUAAUCAGAGCUACGGGAGCCGAGCUCCGACUGUUCAUGAAAUGCCGACUGUGUACCACGGGCGGUCAUGGAACUUCACCAAAAAAAUGAUGAAAACCGGAAUGUAUAGAGAUAAUGGCUUCAACAUGGGCAGCGAGAAGACCUUUGUCACCGGCCUUGAGGACAAGCUGACAUUCCAGGAUCGACUGAACUUCCAAAAAUCCUACCUCUUGUCUGGCCCACCCCACACUGAAUAGGUGGAAUGGCGGGGCUAUGUAGAUACAAACCCGCACUGUAUAUACCGUGUUCCCUGCCACCCCCACAAGAACACAGAUGUCAAUGCGGCAAUAAUGCUGAUGCUGUUACUGCAUGAGAUUUUUAUAAAUAAACACUGGGAAUUUGA